AUGAAUGGCCGAAAUGGCCCCUUGUCGCCUAUUUCUGUAGGAGAUAGUGAAUGGUCUGGCAUUUCGAAAUACCAAGGUAUCGAGAACGAUUCGCCCUACUUCCCACCGAAUAAUCGUGGGCAACUUGCUUCACCGCCAAUAUCAAGUGGCUCAAACGGCACGAUGAAUGGAGGAGCAUUUCCCCCCAGAGGAUCAUCUGCGGGGAGUCCAGCCGCUGGUCAGCCUUCGCCGCCGAGCUCUAUAGCGAGAUCUAGUGUUGGGACGGGCAUGUAUGCGCAGAGCGAGAGUGGCAGGAGUAGGAAGGACGAGCAAUUCGAAAGUACCCUGUCCGAACAUUAUGUCGCCCUCAAGAGAUAUCUGGCCGCGUCACUGCGGGACGAGAAAGGGAACCCAAGACCAAAUAGGGCACGGGAUAAACUGCUGAGGCUGUCGCCUGUGCAAUUUCAAGAACUGAGCACGGAUGUGUUCGACGAACUGCUACGGAGACAGCAGUCUGGGAGAAGGACACCAAAUGGAGGGACACCAGAUGGAGGACCACCGCCAUACUUGUUACCGAAGGAUACUUUCCAUCCAAAAAGAAAUCAAGCCAGACAAAAGCUAUCCACCCUCCCACCACCUAGAUUUCGUGACCUAGCGACAGAUGUAUACUACGAGUUGGAGAGGAGGUUUCCCAAAUUCGCUGCAGGAGAUAUCAGUCGAAUGGGUAGUCCUGCCUCUAUGAGAGGACCACCAAGCAGAAAUGGGAACGGUACACCUGUAAAUGGAAUGCCUCGUAUGCGCCGACCUUCAGAUGCAAGUUCUAUAGCAGGAUACUCAAUGAGGAGUGAGUCUCGAAAUGGGCCACGGGCAAUGAACGGUGGACCUAUGAAUGGAGGAAUGAAUGGAGGCCUUGGCGUGCCACCUUCCCCAGGCUUGCCCCCGAAUGAUUAUGGUCGACCUACCCCAAAGACAUUCCAAAGUAAUACAAUAGUGCCAAAUAAGAGCACAAUGGUUGAAGAUGACGAGACUGGAGGCGAGGAUAAUGAUGAAGAUGAUGGAGAUGCUUUUGGCUUGGAAGGUGCUGCCCGGAGUAGGAAUAAGAGUGUCGGAGGCUCCUCAGAAACCGAUAAGAAACUCAUCGAUGACUACCAGUCGCAAGUUGCCGAGCUACGGGACAAACUUGAUGCUAUGGAGGAUACCCUGAAGCAGAAAGACGAUGAGCUGAAUAACGUGCUGAAUGGCGAGAGAAGUCGAGCGACUGCACUAAAUAUGGAAAAGAAGGAGUUCUCGGACUUGAAAAUGGACUUGGAGAGUAAGCUUGCAGAUGCACAAAAUCUGAGCGAGUCGCUACAAUCGGAAUUGGAUCGUGUGAGGGCUUCACAGGCAAAUACCGAAAGAGAGCUUCGCUCACAAAUCGACGAGCUAAGAGCAGCGGGCCCUCCACCAGGCUCAAGAGGGGCGGGCAGCUCGGACCUGGAGAGGGAGAAUGAAGAAUUGAGAAACGAACUGCGAGAACAGCAGAUAGUUACGGAUGAGGUUCGUCGGGAAGCUCAAGAGUUCCUUCGAGAAAUGCGCGUCCUAUCUGAACGGAGCGAAUCUUCGUACGACAGGGAGGAACAGCUCUCCAAUACUGUCAACAAAUUAGAAGAGGAAGUCAAGGAUUGGAGAAAUCGAUACGCCCGGACCAAGACACAGCUCCGAAGUUUAAGAGCAUCCUCUAUAGGUCUCACUAUCCAACAAGACGCAGCAAAAUAUGCCAAGGAGAGUGGUUUCACAGAGGCGAAUGGAAUGGUCAAGGAUGUCCAUGUUACCAAAUUUCAAAUCUCGAUUGAUGAGCUUCUACGAACGGCACGAGUUGAUGAUCCAGCAAGAGUGAUAGAGUUUAUGAAGUCAGUCGUCGUAAAUGUGCGAAGGAUUACGCAGGAUAUUGAUGAGGCACCAUCCAGCAGUGAAGACUUGGCCCAACAGCAAACGAAGUUGAAAUCAAGGGUGUCGGCUACGGCAAACAACCUAAUUACAGCUUCAAAGAACUUCGCUUCGGCGAAGGGCUUGUCUCCCGUAUCGUUACUUGAUGCGGCUGCUUCACAUUUGACCUCUGCUGUGGUCGAGCUUGUUAGAACCGUGAAAAUUCGCCCAACCCCUGCCGGCGAGCUAGAUGACGACGAUGAUGGAAGUCUGGCUCCAGUCGACACGACUGGCUUCUUUCCCGUCCGUGACCCAAGACAGGAGAUCGUUCCACCGCCAUUCCAAGGUCUCGCGCGCAUGAGUGCCGAUUCUUCGAUGUAUAGCCCGAUCAACUCGCCUCGGGAAUCUACCAUGCGACCCAAAAGUUCAGGGAAGGAAUCGUGGGCGGGUCGUCAACGAUCUAUGUCUCGGGGUGCUCAGAAUGGAAACGGUUACACGAAUGGCAACAAAGCUCUUCCUCCAGCACCAAUGGGAGUCGGUUUCGGCAUCAGAACACAAGACAGUGAUGUUGAAGAACUUAAGAUCUAUCUCGAAGAUCAGACUGCCCUAUUGGUGCAGAAUAUUCAGUCUCUCGUAUCCUCGAUCCGCUCCGAGGCUGGGAUAACUGCUAUCUCAACACAAAUCAACGCUAUUGCUGAUGUCGUUGGCACAGUUGUUUCUUCGACUGAAACUGCUAUGUCCUCAACCGGCAACGGCGUUCUUAGAACACAAGGAGAGCCUAUCAUUCGCAAACUAGCAGGCAUUCGGCAACGCCUGAUCGACGCAGGAAAGACCGGUAGAGAUAUCGCAGACGAGGGUCGCGACGAUGAUGAGGGCGAACGAGCCUGGAGAGCAUGGAACCAAUCGCUACCACCAAUAGCAUUUGAAAUUGCUCGCGAAACAAAAGAGUUGGUGCUGCGUGUGGACGUAAUCGACGGCGACAGAGGCCAAGGUGGAGAUGAUGAUUUCUCAUGA